GCGGCUCGAUCCGACCCGAUGAUUCCGAUCCCCUCCCACACCCUCCAUCGAUCCGUCCCGUCUCGGCCUCGCCCCUCCACGCCGGCGACCGGAGCAGGCACCGCGCAGGCGACGGCGACGGAGACAGCCACACCUUCCUCCCCGCUCCGGCAGCGGCCAGCCCCGUGGCGUCAUGCCAGGAUUGAAGGAGGUAUGAGAAGGUGCACAUUGUUGUUCCCGUGAUUUGAUUUCUGGAAAUGGUGUUGGUGGUGAAACAGCACCGCUGCACACACUCAGCAAGCUGCGUUUGCAUCAAGGGCCACCUCAGCGAGGAUGCUCUGUUCCUUGUCUUCCGUCACAUGAACUGGAACCCAAGGCUGAUAGCUAUCCUCUCAUGCGUGUGCAAGUGGUUUGAUGAGGUUGCCAAGCAGGUGCUGUGGAAGGAGUUCUGUCAUGCAAGGGCGCCGAAGAUGAUGCUGGACUUGCAUUCAGGUGGCAGCCACAUUGUUGAUGGGAACUGGAAAGCGCUUGGGAAGCUGCUUAUCUAUUGCAAUGGCUGCACAAAAGGGGGGCUUUUUAACAACAUUCAUGUCCCAGGCCAUUUUGUGUUCAGGACGCGCUUUUCGAGGACUGCAGGCAAGAGUUUCCUGCCUCUGCCAUGUAAGUCGGACGUCCUGUAUGUCUCAGAUCCAUGCGAGCAUCUUGAUCAGGGGGAAGAAGGCGACUUGGGUUUCUUUCGAGGCAUCUUUAAGUCAUUCGCCACUUCAAGGGUAAAGAAAAUGUUGAUUGAGAAGCGGGCUAGGUUUCAUCCAAAGGAGCUGUGCCCUUAUUGCAAGGCCAAGCUAUGGAACAUGUUCCAGGAGAAUAUGAUCCCGAGGAGUGCUUCUGCUAGGCUGGGUGCUUAUGAUGAUUCUGUGGAGUAUUUUGUAUGCCUGAAUGGACAUGUUAUUGGAAUUAGUACUCUUCUACCGCUCUCAGAUUCAGAGGAGGCAGCAGAUGAAUAAUCUUCAAGAACUUGAAUCAGGUUUGCAAGAUUGAGCCCAGGGCUUUUGCAUGCUGUAUGGUCCCGCAUCUUGGUUGUGACUAGCAGACAGAUGGAUGGCAUUGGUUUGGCAAACUGCCGCAUGACAGGAAUCUGUGAUGGGCUUUGCAUCGGACAGCUGCGGUGUUCUUCAAGGGAGCCUUGCAUCAGAUGGGGAAAAAAGAAGAGCUAUUUUACAGUCUCUCUCCUUUAUUUAUUGACACAUCAUUACUUGCUCUUGUAACUGCAAUCAAGACAGGACACUACCCGCUUGCCUUUUUUCAACAUGUUCACAUCAUGUGUAAUGAGGUGUUCGGUUCAGUGACACUUGUGAUGUGGAAUUUGUGCUCAUGUUUUUCA